GCUCUUCAUUCGCAACCACCAUGUUCUCCAUCGCUCGCUCUGUCCUUCGCCCUACUCUUGCUCGCACGUUCGCGGCCCCAGCGUCCAGCGCGUCGGUCCACACGCUUCCUGAGCUUCCCUAUGGCUACAACGCUCUUGAGCCUCACAUCUCUGAGCAGAUCAUGAAGCUUCACCACCAAAAGCACCACCAGGCCUACGUCAACGGUUUGAACGCUGCGGAGGAGCAGUAUGCCAAGUCGGACUCGACCAAGGAGAAGAUUGCCCUCCAGUCUGCCCUCAAGUUCAACGGCGGUGGUCACAUCAACCACUCCCUUUUCUGGAAGAAUCUUGCCCCCGCCAACGAGGACGGCGGCAAGCUCGCUGACGGUGCCCUCAAGAGUGCUAUUGAGCGCGACUUUGGCUCCUUCGAAGAGUUCAAGAAGAAGUUCAACGCGACUACUGCUGCCAUUCAGGGCUCCGGUUGGGGCUGGCUUGGCUACAACCCGUCCACCAAAAAACUCGAGAUCGUCACUACCGCGAACCAGGAUCCCCUGAUCUCGCACACUCCUAUCCUCGGUGUUGACAUCUGGGAGCACGCCUUCUACCUUCAGUACCACAACGUCAAGGCUGACUACCUCAGCGCCAUCUGGAACGUUGUUAACUUUAAGGAGGCGGAGAAUCGUCUCACCGAGGCUUCUAAGUAAACAAUGCAUUGUAUAUCCUACUGAACCAAGUCAACCAAAUGUGAUUAGUCUGUAACAAUUCCGAAUAAGUCUAUAGUCCAAAACUGCAAACG